UUGAUCUCAACCAAGCUUCACUGACUCAUUGAUCAAACUCAUUUAUUACGAGGGUCCCAAAUUCUCGUGAAAACCCUUAUCCUCUUGAUUCCCAUUUCUGAUUUCUCUCAAGAUCAAAGAUUUCCAAGUUCGUUGUUUUUUUUUCUCUUUCUUCAAUUUUCUCAGUGACGUUUCGCAACUCCAUGGCCAGAAGCUCCUUCAAAUUGGAACACCCCCUCGAAAGGAGGCAAGCAGAAGCUGCUCGCAUCAGGGAGAAGUAUCCUGAUAGAAUACCAGUUAUUGUGGAGAAGGCUGAAAGAAGUGACAUACCUGACAUUGACAAGAAGAAAUAUCUGGUUCCUGCUGAUCUGACUGUUGGGCAGUUUGUUUAUGUGAUCCGGAAGAGGAUCAAGCUUAGUGCUGAGAAGGCUAUUUUCAUUUUUGUCAAGAAUGUUCUACCACCCACUGUUAUUUGUAUUUUGUGUUAUCACAGCUGCCAUGAUGUCUGCCAUCUAUGAGGAAAACAAAGAUGAGGAUGGUUUCCUUUACAUGACUUACAGUGGGGAAAACACAUUUGGAUCAUUUUAACGGAAUCAAGCUGAACCCAUGUAAAUAAGAACAUGAUUUCUGAAAAGUUGUAAAUUCUCUGCAAUAUGAUAUCCUACCUAGUGGGGCCUCCUCUCAAUGUGGCCUCUUCUUUGACUAUGGCCUUUCUUUUAAUUUGGAUCUAUGAGUUACAUAUAUCCAAUUUGAUGCAGAAAAUGUUUUCCAGUUUCCUUACUUUGGUUUCAAUUAUAGUGAAUCAAUCUGGGUGUUGAAUA